AGUGCAACUCCUUUGGCCACCUGCUCCUAUUAAAGUGGGCAGAGCACUCUUGCAUCUCCUCAUUCCCUUGUAACUAACUAUCUUUUAUUAUUAGCACCAUUCAAUCCCUUUGUUCCAAUUUAUCACUUCUGUUCCUUUAGUUAGUGGCUCAGUAGUUUACCAAGGAAAUGGAGAAUGCGAAGAAGAGGCGGCAGGUCCCGGCGUUUGGGAGCUGGAAUUUCUGCGACGACAUCCCGAUCACCGAGUACUUCGAGUCGGCAAUGGAGGCUGGUUUGAUCCAUUCCCACUUCUUUGGAGGAGAUGGAGAGGAACUCUCCAAGGUGGUGUCACCACAGCAGCAGAAGCAUCACCGAAAGGGGAAGAAGGGACAAGGGGGAAGAGAAAGGGCCAAGCAGUAUGAGGAGUGGAAGAAGACCAAGCCAGUGGAAGAGGAUUUAUACAAGAUACCCCCGGAGCUCCUGCGCAAAAUACCAAAGAAGAAGAAGCUGCUGUGGAAUUUGUGGGCAGGGUGUCUAGGCCUCAACUGCAUUGCUUGAGUUGGCUUGUGAAUGCAGAGUGUCAGUAUGGUUUGGUGGUGUAUGUAGUUUGUACUUUUUUCCCCUCUAUGUAAUGAGUGAUAUAUUGCAAGAUAGUGUAUUUUUAAUCUGGAAAUAUGGAAGAAGCUGCUGACUCCUUAGCAUUGCUCAUUAAGUAGAACCAGAAUUAUAUUUUUUGUUUCCUAUUCAUGGAGCUCAAAUCCUUGCUUUUCGACCAUUUUCUAAUUCCAAUAUUCACCCCCCCUCCUCCAAUGUACUAUUAUAAUACUGGUGUAGACAGUAAUUUCCAUA